UAGCGUUGACCGGCUGGCGUGAUGGUAACAUAACCUCAAUUUAAACUUUGAAAUUGAACAUAACCUCAAUCACACCAUUCCUCAAGUUCAAUGCUUCUAUCAGUUAAUAUUUGUGUUUAUUUUUGCUAUAUUAAGUGAAAUUAGUAAGUUUAUGCUCCAGCGUUCCGUUAUAAUACUAUGGCAAAAUUAAUUAUUAAUUUUGAAGAAUUAUACACUGACUAUCGGAAAAAAGCCGUAAUUAGUAUUGAAUCAUUUAACGUUAUUGCAGAUUUAGAGCAGUAUUUAAAAGAAAAAUUUCAUAUCAAAGAUGAUUUUUACUUGGAAUUAAGAUUAGACAAUGUGUGGAUACCAAGCUUUGAAAAGAUAAACAUUUUAAAGUCAGGUGAUGAAGUGAGGCUUAGGCUGAUCCAUCCGAAAUCUGAGGAUUCGGAAGGAAAGAGAGAGAAGAAAAAGAAGAAGCGGAAGCACUCUCUCGAACCGGAACCGGAAGUUAAUGACUUGCAAGAGGAUGAAAUUUCGUUGAAAAAAAAGAAGAAGAAAAAGAGAAGUACCGAGGAGUUGGAUGCAUCAUCUUUAUCAGUAGUUGAAGAUGAUGCACUGCCAGAAAAUGGGGAGAAGGAGGAAAAGAGAAAGAAAAAGAAGAGGAAGGAUACGUUAGAUGUAUCAUCGGUCACGAAUGACGAAGAAGAGGAGAAAGCAGAGAAGAAAAAGAAGAAGAAGCGGAAGGACAAGGAGGAGAGUUUUGAAUGUGUCGAGAAUGAACAAGUUACAACUCCUGUUCUCAACGAUUCGACAAUAGAAGCACAAACGGCGACCUCCUCUCUCACUCAAGACACCUCUCUAGUGAGUGAAGAUUUGUCGGAAGAAGCUUCCAUUGUGCCGACAAAGAGGAAGCGUAUUCGUCGCCGUAAGAAGAGGAGUGAGAUGAAAAAAGAUGAAAAAGAGUUGAGUGAUGAAAUACUACAAAAGGCCAAACAGCAGGCAAUGGCCAUCUUAAACUCCAGGCUGGGCUCUGUGGGAUGGAGGCACAACCAAGAGGCUAAAAGGACUCAUAUUAGAUUCGAUGAAGAUGACCAACAAGAAGAGACUGCUGUACCACCCAUGGAGAUUCCUGCUCAAACCUCUCCAAACAACUUUUCUACCUCCAUUGUUGGCUACCCUGGAACCUCCAGCACAUCAACGAAUUCACUCGAAUCUGACACUAAGUUUUCGAAUUCACCGAGACCUGAGACUAAAUUUUCGAAACCAUCUACAUCUGAGGCUAAAAUUCUACAAAACUUUCAGACUAAAUCUUCAAGUUCACUAGAAUCUGAGACAGAUUUCUUCAACUCAUCAGAACUCGUCACUGCGUUUCCAAAUCCUCAAAAAUAUAAAACUCGAAUGGCACACAAAUUCGAGACUACAUCUCCAAAUCCUGCAAAAUCUGAGGCUAAAAUCGCACAGAAAUCCGGUUCCAAAUAUUCAAAUCCUACAGAAUCUGAGGCUAGAAUGUCACAAAAAUCCUGUUCCAAAUUUUCAAAUCGUACAGAAUCUCAGACGAGAAUUGCACAGAAAUCCGAUUCCAUAAUUUCAAGUUCACUAUGCUCAGACAUUAAUUUAAAUCCGAAAAGUCGGUACAAAGUGCCUGUGUUCGUGAGAAAGCCGUUCUCGAAUCAAUGCUCAAAGUGGGACGUAAAAGGAAAUAUUGAAACAGUUGCUACAAUUACAAAAACUGAAAAAAAUUCUGUCAAGUUUUCAAAUGCCGGUGAUAAUUUAAAGGAAAAUUUGCUGAUUGAGGAAAUGGUUGAUGAUAAUGAGAAGAAAACUGAUAGAGAGCAUGUUGAAGAAGCAGAAGAGAAAGAAAAUGAAGGCGACGAAGGAGGACAGGCGGAAAAGGAAGAAAAAGAGAUAGAAAAAGGAGACGACAGAGGAGAAGGAAAGGAAGGAGAAAAAGAAAUCGGUGGAGAAGGAAAUGAAAAUGACGGAGGAGAUGGAAGAAAAGGGGAGGAAGAAGGAGACGGUGGGGAAGAAAAUUACAGAGGAGGAGAAGAACAAGGAGGAGGAGGAGAUGAAGACUUGAAGAAAAGUGUGAAACCAGCUGAUGAUGGUGAAAAAAGAGAAGAUGGUGAAGAAGGAAAAGAAGAUAAAAAUGUGACACUGGCCGAUGAAGAUGUUGGAGAAGGAGGAGAUGAUGAAGGAGAUAUGAAACCUGCUGAUAAAGAUGUUCAAAAAGGAGGAGUAGAUCAUGAAAAAUAUAAAAAUGGUGAAGGAGAAGAAGAUAAAGCCAUGGAAGACGCGCAGAUAGUAAAUAGAGAUGUAGGGAAGGAAGAAGGAGAUGCAGACUUGGAAGAUAAAGAGGGUAAAAUAGAAAAUGAAGGAGGACAAGAAGUAGGUGAACAAAAAGAAGGAGAAACUGAAGUCGUAGAAGAUUCAAAUGAACGAUUAAAAUUGAGAAACAAAAAAUGUCUGCAUGUAAUUGUUGAAAAAAUGGUGAUUAAAGAGUCUGAUCAAACUUUUGAACAUAGGCAGGGAGAUUGUGAUAGAAAUAAUGAAAAAAUACAAAAAGAUGAGAAGGAGAAUAGAAAUAAAAAUGGCGAAAACGGAGAUAAAGAAUGUGUGAAUAAGGUCGACGCUUCCGAAAAUGGGGAGAAGGAAAGAAAUGGAGAUAGAAAUAGUGGAGAAAUUGUAGAAAAUGGAAACAAGAUGGAUAAGCGAAAGAAAUCCAAAAAUCAGAUGAAAAUUAAUUCUGUAUCUGACUUUUCUAAUGGGGAUUUCAUCACUUUUAAGACCAUGUACAUGAGCAGUAAUUUGCAACCGGUGGUGACGGAUAAAAUUGUGGCGAAAAUUGUGGAAAUAGGAAGAGAAGUGAAAAUGGAAGUGAUGUUUGGCAAUGUGAGACUGGGCCGCCAAAAAAUCGCUACGAUGCUGACGAUUACAUAGAUGAGUUCAGAGAUUUUCCACCAGGCAGUAAGAUCCAAUUAGCCUGGAGCGAUAUCAUGAUGCCUACUAAAGGAGCUGAUCUAUGAUUUAGAACUUCCGUUGCUAACAAACGUCAACUUUUUUCCAGAUUACGACACUAUUGAAGUACGACCGUAUGUGCUCCGAUACGAUACGGAACGAUACUGCUACGAUAAGAUACAGACCAAAACUGAUCCGGUAACGAAUAAAAAUAAAAAUAUAUAAAAUAACUACAAAUACGACCAAAAGAAAAAGAAGAGACUACUUAUCGUGCUUUUGUUUCUUUGUUGUUAGUAUGUAACUUGCGUUUUUGGUAAUAUCUCGCUCUUACUCUAAACAAAAUCUUCUUCUCGAUAUAGGCUUCUUCUUCAACUUCACUUUCCAUUAGGAGCUCCUAUUAUGAGAUUUACGUUAAUCUGACAGGAUUAGUCAUAUAUGCCAUUUUGUUAUAUCACCUAUAUUUUGUUAUAUAGAAUUUAUUCUAUAAACUCUUUUGUUUGUAGGCUAUGUAUAUGCCUAAGUAUGCCUAAUUUUUAUGUCUUAUAGCAUUACCACCGAAACUAUAAAUAUGAUUGUACCUGCUUUUUUAUGUAUAACCUAUGCAUUUUGUAGUAACUCCAAGAGCUAGAAUAUAUACAUGGUAAAGAACUCUAUAUCACGGUAUAGAAUAUAUAUCAAUAGCUAGAACUCUGGAGAUGAGCUAGCAAUAAACCUCUAUCAGUUAAAUAUUUUGAGAAGAUGCAAUGUCUUGUUUAUUACCUUCUUUAUCAAAUAGAUUUCAUUUUUGACACUAGCAAUAAACCUAUAUAAAAUAAAUAUUUUGAACA